UAUUUACUACAAAUAUGUAACAAAUUAGUUUAAAAUAAGUGUCAUUGUGUGUAUCGAUUGCAUCGUACAUGUGGUAGUUGGCUUAAUGGCUGCAAUUGUACAGGCCGGGAGUGCUAGGAUGCAGCAGGCAAGUGGUAAUCGGAUCUUGUUCUCUAUGUCGGAUGAAAAUGUCAUGAUGGACCAGAUCCUCAGUACACAUUGUCCUGAUGGUCGUGAAUUUCAUGUCCAACCUCUUUUUCUUGUCAUUGAAGAUGUAAUGCACCGUGCCAAUGCACCCCUCCCUGGCACUAUUUUUUCCGCUACUCUUCAGGGAACUCAGGCACAGCUGGAUGAAAAAGCUCCCCCCAACUGCUUCUCUGACAUUCUUAAACUCUUAGGCCACACUAUUAAGAAGACUUCCCUUGAGAUUUCCUAUAAACGCUCUGAGGGAGGGAAUGCACAGGCAACAACAGUGUCACUCUUUGACACACUCUCAAUCUAUCCAUGGGAUGUUAAGGUAGUGGUAGUCUUGGCAGCUUUCACUUUGAUUUAUGGCGAAUUUUGGCUAGUGGAAGAACUUUGCCCCACCAACCCUCUAGCAAAAGCAGUUGCACACCUCAAGCAACUUCCAGAAAUUAUGGGGCAGGCCGAAUCUUUGAAACCAAACUUUGAGUCACUUGAUAACCUGAUCAAGGCAGUGCUUGAUCUAACAAAAUGCAUUGUGGAUUUCAAGUGCCUCCCUUCUCAGGACAUUAGCCCGGACACUCCAGAGAUGGUCACUGCCCCUGCUCAUAUCCCAAUAGCUGCUUACUGGACCAUCAGAAGCAUUGUGGCCUGUGCAUUUAUAGUAAUUAACCAUAUAGGAAGUAGUCACGAGUACUUUGCCUUGACAACAGAGGCAUGGGAACUGUCUAGUUUGACCCAUAAGGUCAAUAACAUACACACCAACCUUAAAAAACAAUUCUCUCUUUGUCAGCAGCACAUUGCAAUUGUGUCGGCUGCGAGUGCUAGGAUGCUGCAGUCAAUUGGUGAUCGGAUCUUUUUCUCUACGUCAGAUGACAAUGUAAUGAUGGAUCAGAUCCUGAGUACCCAUUCUCCUGAUGGUCGCAAAUUUCAUGUCCAACCUCUUUCUCUUAUCAUUGAAGAUGUCAUGCACCGUUCCAAUGCACCCCUCCUUGGCACUAUUAUUUCCACCACUCAUCGGGGAACUUGGGCACAGUUAGAUGAGACAUCUCUCCACAGCUGCUUCUCUGACAUUCUUAAACUCUUAGCCCUUACUAUUAAGAAGAUUUCCUGCGAGAUAACCUGCAAAUGUUCUGGGGAAGAGAAUGUACAUGCAACAACAAUGUCACUCUUUAACACCCUAUCAAUCUAUCCAUGGGAUGUUAAGGUAGUGGUAGCCUUGGCAGCAUUUGUUUUGAUCCAUGACGAAUUUUGCCUAGUGGCACGACUUUACCCCACCAACCCUCUGGCCAAAUCAGUUGCGCACCUAAAGCAACUUCCACAUAUUAUGGAACAGGCCGAAACUUUGAAAUCAAACUUUGAGUCACUUGGUAACCUGAUCAAGGCUGUGCUUGAUCUAACAAAACGCAUUGUGGAUUUCAAGUGCCUCCCUUCUCAGUACAUUAGCCCGGACACUCUAGAGAUGGUCACUGCCACUGCUCAUAUCCCAAUAGCUGUUUACUGGACCAUCAGAAGCAUUGUGGCUUGUGCAUUUAUAGUUAUCAACCUUAUAGGCAGUAGUCACGAGUACUUUGCCUUCACAACAGAGGAAUGGGAACUGUCUAGUUUGACCCGUAAGGUCAAUAACAUACACGCCCACCUUAAAGAACAAUUGUCUCUUUGCUAUCAGCACAUUGCAAUUGUACCAGCUGGGAGUGCUAGAAUGCAGCAGGCAAGGUGUGAUUCGUAUUUAUUCUCUGUGUCAGAUGACAAUGUCAUGAUGAACCAAAUCCUGAGCACACAUUCUCCUGAUAAUCGUGAAUUUCAUGUUCAACCUCUUUUUCUUAUCAUUGAAGAUGUAAUGCACCAUGCCAAUGCACCCCUCAGCAGUAUUCUUUCCACCACUCUUCAGGGAACUCACGCACAAUUGGAGGGAUCUCUCCACAACGGCUACUCUGACAUUCUUAAACUUUUAGCCCACGCUAUUAAGAAGUCUUGCUGCGAGAUAACCUGCAAAUGUUCUGGGGGAGGAGAUGCACAGGCAACAACAGUGGCACUGUUUAACACGCUCUCAAUCUAUCCAUGGGAUGUUAAGGUAGUGGUAGCCUUGGUGGCAUUUGUUAUGAUCCAUGACGAAUUUUGCCAAGUGGCACAGCUUUGCCCCACCUACCCUCUAGCCAAAUCUGUCGCACACCUCAAGCAACUUCCAGACAAAAUGGAACCGGCCGAAUCUUUGGAACCAAAGUUUGAGUCACUCGGUAAACUGGUCAAGGCUGUGCUUGAUCUAACAAAGUGCAUCGUGGAAUUUAAGAGCCUCCUUUCGCAGUCCAUAAGCCUGGACAUCCCAGAGAUGGUUACUGCUACUGCUCGUAUACCUGUAGCUGUUUACUGGACCAUCAGAAGCAUUGUGGCUUGUGCAUUUGUUGUUACCAACCUUACUGGCAUUAGUCAUGAGUGCCUUGCCUUGACAACAGAGGCAUGGGAACUGAAUAGUUUGGCCCACAAGGUCAAUAACAUACACUCACACCUUAACAAACAAUUGUCUCUUUGCCAUCAUCACAUUGAUAUGAUGAAAAACGAUGAAGCUUAUAAAACACUUGUUCGGAUGCUUGAAACACCUCACAUUGACAACACAAAGUUCCUGAAGGCUUUAAUUUACCCCAAAGACGAUCAACUCCCGUUGUAUGAUGGUUAUACCAGGAGAAGGGUUAGCAUCGAGACUCUGAGAAGGAAGAUUGUUCUACUUUUCAUUACAGAAUUUGACAUAUUACAAGAGGAGAUUAUACUAUUUGGUGAAAAGUAUAAAGAAGCAAAGCAAAACCCAUCUCGGGCCGAGAGUCAUUUUGAAGUCGUCUGGCUUCCAAUCACAGACAGAUCAGUUCCAUGGAAUGAAGAAAAGCAACUACAGUUUUAUAACACACAGGAUUUAAUGCCAUGGCAAUCUUUGCAUCAUCCGUCUAUGCUGGAUCCAGUUGCCAUUAAAUACAUCAAGGACAAAUGGCACUUCACCAAGAAGUCUAUUGCUGUAGUGUUGGAUCAACAAGGGAAAGUUGUGAACCUUAACGCCCUCCAUAUGAUGUGGAUUUGGGGUAACUUGGCUUACCCUUUUACUAGCCUCAAAGAAGAGCAACUUUGGAAUGAAGAGUCAUGGAACAUUGAAUUCCUGGUGAAUCGCAUUGAUACCAAUAUCUUUAAAUGGAUUAAUGAAGGGAAGUACAUUUGCUUGUAUGGUGGUGUGGACAUUGAUUGGAUCCGCAAGUUCACUGUUACAGCAAAUACAGUAGCGUGGGCUGCUGGUAUCCAGCUAAAGAUGAUAUAUGUCGGCAAAAGCAACUCAAGGGACAAAAUUCAAAAAAUCACCACCACCAUUGUUGCUAAAAAUCUUAGUUAUGUAUGGCGAGACCUGACCUUAAUCUGGUUCUUCUGGAGUAGAAUAGAGAGCAUGUGGCACUCCAGAGUGCAACAUGGCAAAUCGGUUGAAAAUGAUCAGAUAAUGAAAGAAAUCAUGACGAUGCUAUAUUUUGACGGUGAUGAUCAAGGAUGGGCAGUGAUUGGUCAAGGUAUGGAGAUGGCUAAAGCGAAAGGUGAAAUGUUCUUGAAGAGUUUGUCUGAGUUUGAUGAAUGGAAGCAUGACAGCGACGAGAAAGGUUUUUUGCCUGCCCUGAAUGACUAUUUUAAAAAGCUUUAUACUCCUCAUCAUUGCCAUCGUUUUACAUUUCCCGGAUCAACAGGAAGUGUUCAUGAUAAUGUGGUCUGUGCAGAAUGUGGCCGUCCUAUGGAGAAGUCCACCAUGUACACUUGCUGCACCGAUUGA